CUGUUUCGUGUUUAUUUCCGGAAGUGAGUUAGUUGUCACUGUCAGACUUUCCAGGCAACCAAAUCGCUGAUCUACGGCGACGCAUUGACAGCCUUCCCUCUGUAGGUGCGCCCCUGUCCACACAAUGGCCCAUUGGUUUCACAGAAACCCACUGAAGGCAACAGCGCCGGUGUCCUUUAACUUCUAUGGUGUGGCAGGGAGCCCGGCUGCCAACAAGAUAUGCAAUGACCUGAGGACGAACAGAGCGAGGCUGUUGGAGAUGUUCACAGACUCCACCUGCACCCCGGAGAUCAUGAAGAACGCCUCGGACGCGUACUUCUCUCUGCUGCAAGGCUUCAUCUCAUCUCUGGAUGGAAGCACACAGGAGAACAAGAUGAGGUUCAUCCAGAACUUUAAGUGGACCGACACCUUACAAGGAAACAUCCCAAGUGCCCAGCAGGAUGCCGUCUUUGAGCUGGUCUCUAUGGCCUUCAAUGUAGCCGUCUGGUACACCAAGUUUGCCUCAAGACUAGCUGGGAAGGAAAACAUAACGGAGCCCGAAGCCAAGGAUGUUCACAAGAGCCUGAAGGUUGCUGCUGGAAUCUUCAAAACUCUCAAGGAGGUCCACGUUCCCCGCCUCAUCACCCCGGCUGAAAAGGGCCGAGACCUGGAGCCCAGAGUGUUGGACGCGUAUAUCAUCCAGUGCCAAGCCGAGGCACAGGAAGUGACGAUUGCCAGAGCCAUCGAGCUCAAGCACAACGCCUCCCUGAUCGCAGCUUUGGCCUUUGAGACGGCAAACUUCUAUCAGAAAGCCGACCACACGCUGAACACCCUGGAGCCGGAGUGCAGCAGCAAGUGGAGGAAGUAUCUGCAGCUGAAGCAGUACUUCUACAUGGCUUAUGCGUUCUGCUACCAUGGCCAGACGCUGCUGGCCAGCGACAAAUGUGGCGAGUCUAUAAGAUCCCUACAGGAGGCCGAAAAAUGUUACUCCCGUGCGGAGGCGCUGUGUAAAGAGUACCGUCAGACCAAAGGGCCCGGCACCACGGCCAAGCCGUCAGAGCAGCUGUUCUUCCUCAAGCUGGGCGCGCUCAUUAAAACCACGCUGGAGAAAUGCCAGAGAGAGAACGGCUUCAUAUACUUCCAUAAGGUUCCUGCUGAGCCUCCCCAGCUGGAGCUGAAGGCCAGCUACGGUCUGGCGGAGCCGGUCCCCUUCGAGCUGCCGCCCCUCAGCGAGCAGUGCACUCCUGAGGUCUAUGCUACCUUUGACCUCACCAAGGGAGCCAAAAAUGACAAGGCCAAGCCCAAGGAAGAGGAGGUGAAGCCGGUGAAGGAGCCUGAUUUGAAGCCCCAGAAGGACACAGGUUGUGUUCUCUCCUAGAGCCGCCGUCUUGGCAUCGACCAUGCUGAAGAAACAUCGUUUAUAAAGACAGCGUCUGUUUAUCUUCCUCCACUGACUUUUUCCCCCCCCGUCACUAUUAAUCCAUGGUAUUUUACAUUCAUGCUGAAACAUGUUCUUUAUAUUUGGAUGUGAUCCACUACCAGAACAAUCUGACUUGUGUAAAAUCUGCUCCGGAUGGUAUGCUAGGCAGGCCCACAAGCCGCUCCUAUCUGUGCGCUGAAACCUGCAAAAGAUGGCAAGUUGAAGUUCUAGUCCAACAAAAAGAAAAGCCCAUCCCAUCUGAUUUUCCUCUGGAGUUGAAUUGAAGGCAUGCAGUGAGUGUGUUUACCGUGCGUGUUGCCGAACGGGAAUGUUGUGGCUUGUUUUGGGAUUAGAACUUUUACCAGACGCAGUUGACUCUGUCCAAGACAGUAAAUUCUCCAAAACCGGUUAAUAGGAGACAGAUGGACCAAACCACCCUGACCUAUGAGGCUCCAGGAAGAGAAACAAGUUUUAUGUGUUCGGUUCUGUAACACGAUCCAGAAUUUCAACCCGAAGAAAAGCACAUAUUGCACUCCCAACUAUGAAACAUCUGUUUGGAAUGUUCAUCACUGCAGGUAGAAGUUACCCCGAGUGAGUAAAAGCAUACGUACAAUCCUUCUGAGUACUACCUGAACACAGAGUAUCCGAGCUGAGGGGUUUUCCCACUAUGACAUUAUCCAAUCAUUUAUAAUGACAAGAAAUCCAAGAGACACCGGUCUGUGUGUACUGAUGGUGAAUUGACUUUGUUUCAGCUGUAGUCGUAGACGAUUUGUUUGAUUUAGAUCUCAUGUAUUGUAGUUUUUCUUUGUUGUAUGUGACAUUAAGCUGUUUUCUACAAGUACUGUUCCUUUCGGGAGACCCUACUAUUGCUGGAUAUGGCUAAAUAUUACAUUGAGGUGACAAAACUCAGACAUAUAUGUGAGCCUGUUUGAUAUGCUUUGGUUCUUGAACGUUAUAGGAGACAAUCUUAACACUUAGCAUAGAGUUCAGUGCAGCUGAAUGUUUUUGGGUAUCAGAACUCGGCAUACGAUGCUAACCAUGUGACCUUCUCAGUAGCUCUUGCCUACAGUAGGCGCUGAGCGGGCGAUGGUCUGUUAUUGAUAUGUUAUUGUCAUUGAUUAUUGAUGGUCUGUUAUUGAUAUGACCUUCUUAAACAGUCGUCAACAUCUUCUGUUCAAACUAUACCUGCAGUUUAAAGUUCUUGUAGAGAGAUGUAAAGGAAUAUCCGUAGCAACCUCAGAGUUCCCCUACACCGCCUGUUGCUAACCAUCUAGCUUAAACGAGGUUGCUAUAAAAACAACUAGAAAAGUAUCCAGAAUUGUUCAACCUCCAGCUUUCCAAUUUAAGGAACACCUAAAGCCAGUCAAAACAUCAAGUCAAGUCACAUGCCAAUAUGUCAAAAACAAACGGUGAAUCACUCUUUUUAAAACUAGCUAGCAUGCUAACAGAAGCACGUACUGUUAGAGCAGAUCAGCAUCGACGCCCGCUUCCUGCAACAAGCAAACUACUACUAAUUUAUUUGAGUCGCGUUUUCUAUCAUUUUCCUUCCGGCUAUGUUUCAGAAUAUUACAAAGUGUUGGCGGUGACAAUAUCACAACUUAGAAAAUGAUUUCGAAGCAGGAGAAAAAAAUUGUUUUAACUCAAAACGGCUAUCUCGUUAUGAUGCCAUUUUUCUUUGGAAAUGUAACUUUGUAAAUGUAAAUGCCACAGAGACGUGGUAUAUUUUAGACUGGAUCAUCAUUCCAAGUGGCUCUAAAAGACACAAACAGCAGAAUCUGCCCCUGCAGUAGCUUUGGCUCCCCCUGCAGGGCAGCUUCGCCCCGGCUGUCCGACCUCCGCCCGCUUUGACAAUGAAAUCCAAACCAGUUAAUUUAGAAACCGCUGGAAAGUUGUAUAGACUGUAUAAAGCCGCUUCCAUACACUAACCCAACCCACCCUGAUGUAUUCAUAGCACAUUGAAACACCUCUGCACUUUAUCCAGCAGAUUUUAAAGUUGAGCUGGUUUAGACAUGUAGUUCGUUGCACUUGGAGCACCAGACUUAGCUUCUCGAGGUGCCGCAGGAGUCGGCCCAGUGCUAGUUGCACGCGACCAUUCUUCAUGAGGGUGCUGCGCCAGUGCUGCAGUGUGAACACCUUCCUUCUCUUCUUCCUCCUCCUUCUGUGGUGUCCUUCAUGUAAAAUGUAACCCAUGUGGUAUUAAAUCAGUCAGAAAA